AUGACAGAACCUCAAUACCAACAAUUCCGAUACAACAACGUCCUCGAGGAAGUUUGUAUCAGAACUGCCUCCAUCUCCACAAGCAAUGGCAACUUGUCGUGCUAUGUGACCUUGCAAGACAUUCGACAAGUGUUUCCAGGUGCGCACCGAUUCAAACUAAAUGGGCAUCCUGUCCCUUUCCUUGCAGACCAUAACGGCAACUGGAUCGAACCUUUGCGCAUUGCAUCCUAUCCUGGCAUGAUUCUAGACGUCUUUGCGGAAGUAUCACAGUCCAGUAGUGGCAACAGCGAAAGCAACAGUAGCAGCAAUGCCGUUGUCUAUUUGCCGACAUCGAUAGACUCGGUGAAUCUGACUGCUCAGGAUCCUUCUUUGCCUUCAUCAAACUUGGUUCAAGCUUACAACCCAUCUCUUAUUGCUCAAAGGUUGGAAGAAAUUAAAGAGUUGGCACUAGAGGGGAUUAAACUGCAUCAUCAAGCCCUUGACAGACUUGCCAUCCUUCAACAGAAAGCUGAUGCUAUCCUUGUCCAGACCUUUGAGCUACAUGAGUAUCCAAUCCCUCGACUCUUUAUCAUUCUGCCUGUUGACAGCACCAACUGGGACCCGAUGAAUAUCUUGAGGAACAAGGUUCGCCUUCACUUCCUAUGUGAAUGUGAGGAUCGCUCUGAAAAGGCAAGCAAAGACAGCCAGAAGAACAAAACCCAUCUUGCCAGACAUGAAGGAUAUGAGAUCCGAAACAGCACAGAGUUCUUCCAAAAGUAUGGGAAAUACAUGAUCAUCCUUUUACAGUGCCUCAGCGUAGGGAUGCCUUUGGCUGCCUCGCUUGGGUCAGUCCCAGAUCUCAAAGCCGGUAUUGAUUAUUCACUCGACUAUAUGAGAACACUUUCUGUUGAGUAUCCGGCCCUGAAAGACAUCAACACAAUCGAGGACUAUGAAGCACUUGAAGGAGCAGAUCUCCGAGGACUGAGCAAAUUCCUUCAAACCAAUGAUGAAAACAGGCAGCUUGGCAAUUUGUACAGGACUACGACCGAAAGGGGGCAUGUCAAAUGGGUUUGUGUCGAUCACUAUCGCUCAACGUAUAAAGAGAAAGAACAGAAAUCGUUUGAAGAUGUUGUGGCGAUGAAUGGAGGCAAAUAUGACUCACAGCUCGGUAAAGUGGUCAUUGAGUUGGAAUCUAGGAUCAGAGCUAGAGAGUUCUUCGAAGCCUUGACCAAAGCUAAACAUAUUUACGAGUUGGAGAUCACAUUCAGCAAGGACUGGGAUUGGACCAGGACUGAUCUGGAAGCGCUGAAGAAUGCACUAAGCGUAUCGAGUGUAUCGAUCCUUCGACUUGACCUUGGAGAAUCUCAAGGAAGCAUAGUCAGGAAACUACUUUCAACAAGGCAUGAAAAACUUGUAGGCAUCAUAGAACUUAACAAUAUGAAGACGAUUCAUGUUGUACUUCCUCCGGAAGCCAAACAUCUUUCCAAUCUACAAAGCGUAAAAUCGUCACAUCUUCACAAGUUAUCCAUUGGGAUGAGGCCUCGAAGGAUGAGAGCUAGUGAAUUUCCACCGCUUAUAAAUUCACUCGAGGCUUUGGCCACUUUGGACUUAGCAUCUAACUCGAUUGGGAAUAAAGAGUCCCUCGCACUUUCAAAGGCACUCAAGACAAACACCAGUCUGACCGAUUUGGUCUUGAGUUACAAUUCAAUUGGGGAUGAAGGAGCUCUGGCACUGUCAAAGGCACUCAAGACAAACUCCAGUCUGGCCAAUUUGAACUUGAUGAGCAACUCUAUUGGGGAUGAAGGAGCUCUGGCACUGUCAGAGGCACUCAAGACAAACUCCAGUCUGAGCAUUUUAGAUCUGCGAAGGAACUCAAUUGGGAAGAAGGGGGGUCUGGCACUCAUGGAUACGCUCAACAGUGGCACGGCUUUAAGCACUUUAGGUUUGUGGGGCAGCUUAGUUGGAAAAGGAGAGGUUCAUGCGCUGUCAGAGGCACUCAAGACUAAUACCAGUCUGACCAAUUUGAACUUGUACGGCAACUCAAUUGGGAAAGAAGGAGCUCUGGCACUGUCAGAGGCACUCAAGACAAACACCAGUCUGACCAAUUUGAACUUAUACAAUAACUCAAUUGGAGAUGAAGGAGCUCUGGCACUGUCAGAGGCACUCAAGACAAACACCAGUCUGACCAUUUUGGACUUGAGUUGGAACUCAAUUAGGAAUGAAGGAGCUCUGGCACUGUCAGAGGCACUCAAGACAAACUCCAGUCUGACCAAUUUGAACUUGUACGGCAACUCAAUUGGGAAAGAAGGAGCUCUGGCACUGUCAGAGGCACUCAGGACAAACACCAGUCUGGCCAAUUUGAACUUGACGGACAACUCAAUUAGGAAUGAAGGAGCUCUGGCACUGUCAGAGGCACUCAAGACAAACACCAGUCUGACCAAUUUGAACUUACGAUACAACUCAAUUGGGAAUGAAGGAGCUCUGGCACUGUCAGAGGCACUCAAGACAAACACCAGUCUGACCGGUUUGAACUUGUACAAUAACUCAAUUAGGAAUGAAGGAGCUCUGGCACUGUCAGAGGCACUCAAGACAAAUACCAGUCUGACCGAUUUGGACUUACGGUACAACUCUAUUGGGGAUGAAGAAGCUCUGGCACUGUCAGAGGCACUCAGGGCUUUAAAGGUUUCUGUAUGAGGAAUACUUUAAUCGAUAAGUAAAUAACUCUGGUGCUGU